AUGGUGGGAAGGGAGAAUGGGGGCUUGGCGUUCAUGGUGUUUAUAAAAUGUAUUGUUCUAUAUAUGGAAACAUCGAUUUAUAUACUCCUGCUCCUCAUCAACAGGAUUAGGGACAUGUUGACACAAAGCUGUCUGAUCUAAUUGAAGAGACAAAUUAUUGAAGCUUGGGUUGGAGAAUGAAACGUUUGAUCGAGCGGGCUCCGAUUUCCCAUCACCGGUCGAUGUCAAACCAAUUGUUUACGUCAUCGAACCACAGGUAAAACUAAAAUCGUUUUAAUACGUUUUUCAACGGACUUCAUUGACAUUUGCUUUCAUUGCAGGACAAAUUAUUGAAGAAAGGAAUGGUGAUUCUACGGGAGGGAAUGAAGAAUGAUUUAGGUUCUGUGUUAUUAAAGAAGAUGGGCGAACAGUGGUCGUAUCUUCAUGCCGAGAUCCUCCCAACGUUACAAGCUUUGUUUUAUCCACUUCCUACCAAUGAUUCCUCUAUACGAAAAGUGACAUUUCUAGAAUUCCGAGACGUGGUCGUCCUUAAAGUCGGCAUAGAAGAGUCGAUAGGAUCUGUUUUAUCGGAUGAAGUUCCUGCCUCAAUACGACAGAUGCUUUUAGUUUUACUG